AUGUCCCAAUCUAAUAAGGCUUUAAAACGUGCUCUUCCAAAUGUUACAGAUUAUCCACAAAAAAGAACGAAAGCUGAUACUCAAGAUCAAAAUCAGUUUUCAAUCCAUCCGUUAGCAAGAUUUAAUGGUCCUUGCUCAACAUAUAAACAACCAGUUGAAAUUAUGAGCUUUAGCUAUGAUAAUGAGCGUAAUUUGCAUAUGGAUGAUAGAGAAUUGAAAUAUUACUAUCCGCCUGAUCUAAAAAAUUGUGAUUUGUCUCAUGGAUAUGAAACAUUUGUACAAAGAGAACAAAGUGGUCCAGAACCAAUACAUUCUUUAUUAGAUGCAUUAGCUCAUACUCAAAAACGAUCUGCAGAUAAGAAUUUAGUUCAAACAGAUUUAGUCUCUUGGCGUGGAAUUUUUACGAAAAUCUUAUGUACACCAUAUAAUAGGAAUGAACCUUGGGAAUUAGGUGCUACUUUAUGGAAUAACACAAUCUUCAUAGAAGAACAUGACACAGAUUAUACUAAAGAACAUUCAAGCGGGUCUACACCAAGACAAAAAUUAAUGUGUUAUUGGGGAUAUAAAUUUGAAAAUUUAUGCACUAUCUCCAAAUUACCAUCUGAAAUCACAUCCUCAGAUGAUCCGGAAUUAAUUAAUCGAAAGACCACAAUUGUAAAUACAAAUGUUCAAUAUUGUUCAGUAGCUAAGACAUCAUUGGGAAAUAAUAAGUUAAUUAUGGGUGCUGAAGUUGAUUGUCUUUGUGAUGCUAAACCAAAAAGGCCAGUGAACCCUGUAGAAAAAUAUAUAGAGUUAAAAACUUCCAAAGUUAUUGAAAAGGAUAAAGAUACUUUUAAUUUCGAAAGAUACAAACUUUUAAAGUUUUGGGCUCAAUCAUUUUUGAUCGGUAUUCCUAAGAUCAUUGUUGGAUUCCGUGAUAAUGAAGGUUGUGUUAUAAAAGUUCAAGAAUUUAAAACUAUGGAUAUUCCUAAAAUCGUUAAAGGAAAAAAUGGGAUGUGGAAUGCGACCGUCUGUUUAAAUUUUGCAAAUCAAUUCUUUGAGUGGUUGAAAACGGUAAUUGUUAUUAAUGAUCCUAAUUCAUCUUAUACUAUAUCUUUUCAAGCUCCAUUUAAAGACAUUAAGGUCGAAUUCAUGGGUAAAAAGAAUUCUGUAUUAGCUGAAAGGCAUUUAGAUAAUAGUAAUUUUGGACAGUAA